ACAAAAGGGGAAAAUAGUAAGCUUCUGUAGCAGUGGCUGCCCCUUCUUAUAAGACUCGGAAGAAUCCACUCAUAAACCCCACCUUUGUUUAUCUUCUCUUUUUCUGUUUCUCAUUUUCACAUUUUAACAGGAAAAAGAAAAAUUCACUUUCAAGUUCAGUUCAGUUUAGUUUAGUUCUUUUGAGUGUUGCAAUUCUAUGGAUACUCAGAGAGGUCCUCUUUUAAGCUUGGCAUACUUCUGUCAAGGAAAGACAAUGGAAGAGUUAAGGCAGCAUCUUUUGUAUACUACUCUGGAGCUGGAGCAGACAAGAAUGGCAGUUGAGGAGGAGCUGAGAAGGAGAGAUGACCAAUUGAUUCAACUCAAAUCCUUGCUGAGCAAGGCAAUGAAGGAGAGGGAUGAAGCACUGGAGAAAUUUCAGAAGCUUUUCCUUGAGAAGCUUCUUCUUCACCAACAGCAACAGCAAGUUGCUGCUGCUGCUGCUGCUGCUCCCCUCUCCGGAGUUUCCAGCAUUGAAGAUGAACCAAGGAGAGGAAUCGAUUCCAACAAUGGCUUCUCAUCUUCUGAUUGUGAGGAAAGCAUCGUUUCAUCCCCUAUCCUUGACCCAAUGCCACCACCACCACCACCAGCAACCAUGGAGGUAGUGCCUGAAAAGCCAUUACCUGAGAAAGGGAAGCUUUUACAAGCAGUAAUGAAAGCUGGUCCACUCUUGCAAACCCUUCUCUUAGCAGGACCGCUGCCUCAAUGGAGACACCCACCACCACCAUUGGAGUCAUUUGAGAUCCCACCUGUAACCAUCUCUUCAGCAGCACCACCACCACCGCAACUCCUCCACCAGGACUCCUUGAUCAACAUUAACACCUUAAACAACUGUGGGAAAGUUAACAGGAAAAGGGGUCUGAAUGAAUAUGAUGGCUGUGGUUCUCCUACAGAGACCAAGUACCAAAGAUUACUUCUCCCCUGACCGCUGCUACUGUAACAAAAGAAGCGUAGCCUAAAAACUAGUAUUGAUUUUUACAAAACUUACCGGUUUUCAGUAUUAAAUUUAUAGAGUAGUUUAGGGUGAAAAUUUAGGAUGGGAAUCAGCCUAUCAGGAUAUGGAGACUGAUCAAGCAUUCUUGUACAGGGGUUUGCUAGUGAGAGUAAGAAAGAGAGAGGUUUAAUUUUGUUGGCAUUUUGCCAAUGUUUUUCGGUGAAGAUUUUUUGUCCUUAUUUCACCCUUUUCUUUUUCCUGCUAUCUUUCUUUGCUCCAUGAUGUGAAAGGGGAGGUUUGAUUUCUCCAAAA